AUGGGUCACAACGAGCUCCAACCUCAUGGUGACGAGAAGGACACAAUGACGGAGCAGGAGCGGAAACGACUUCGCAACCGCCUCUCCCAGCAGGCCUUCCGGCGCAGACAGCAGGAGCGCAUCCGAGAACUCAGCAAUAGGGUCAACACGGAUCAGAAACCAGAAGAUGAGCGAGUUGCAGCUCUCCAGCAGGAGAACCGUCAGCUCCGGGCGCAAUUGGUCGAGGUGCAGACGAGACUAUCUCGACUCAUGGCCAACUUGCAAGGGUUGAAUGAUACUGUGUCCAAGACGCUCAACGACACAGCUUCUGGUGGUUGCAAGACACACGAGGGCCCGAGUGAGAUUGAAGAAAGUCACUUGCAUCAAUCAGGAACGGCUGAUGCCCUUGCGCUACGGUCGAUGGACAUUACGUCGUUUGACACCACACUAUUUGACUUUGAUGCUCACCUGGGACAUCAACCUGCAGCAGGACAUCUUGACGACACUGGUUCCCUGCCAGAAUUGAUCAACGCCGCCGGCAUCAGCCCUCUUUAUAACCAGAUCCCGAACAUCUGGAGCUUUGAGUACCAAACCGGCGUUGAGCCAUACCAGGCAGCCAUGGCAGCGACCCAAGAGUCAAGCUUGGUCUUCAGGAAGAAUUGGACGCUAUCAAAUUCGCCAUUCUCGGACCACAUCCAGCUUCUCCAGCGACUAUUGAAGAGCAAGUUGGCUGCCUCCGGAUUCUCUCCUGAAGGCCAGCCCUCAAUGCAAGGCAUCUACCAACCAGUCCUCAUGGUCCUUUCAAUGUUCAACAGCAUGACUCGCCCUGACGUGAUGGCCUGGUACGCCAAAACACGCUUCUUCCACAUCAUCGAGCUCACCGCCUGGCAACUCUACCCCUCCGCCGCCACCUUCGACAAGCUUCACCAGCGCUACCGGCCAACAGAGGCGCAGAUGAAGCACCCGCACCCCCGCGUCAUCGACUGGAUUCCCUUCCCCUCCAUCCGCGACCGCCUCAUCCAGCUGCACGCCGCCAACCCCCACAUCGACCAGAUCUUCUGCGACGCCGUCACCGGCUACGUCGUCGAGACCACCAUGUCCGACCUCGUCCGCGGCGCGCCCGACGUCACCGUCUACAUCCGCGUCACCGACCUCAUCACGGCCAUGUCAACCACCGCCGCCGACGAGGAUGCCGACACGACGACGCCGGCAGUUACGCUCCCGGCGCCGGACGUGACGGCCCUCUUCUCGUCGCCGGCGUACGCCCGCGCCGCGUUCAAGCAGCUCAACAUGGACAAGGGCGCGUCGUAUUACAAGAUCGACCCGGCCUUCUACGCGAAGUACCCCGAGCUGUUCGACCACGCCAACGACCUCACCGCAACCGGCGUUCCCCUGCGCCCGAGGUCCCAAAAGGUCCUCACAUACCCGCGGCCCCUCGACGCCUCAACCGUGGAGACGUACCGCAGUUUCAUCGACUUCUCGCUGGACGCGUCGCAGACGAUAUCCUCGUGA